CAAUUUUCUCAUUCUCUGAUUAGGAGUCUGUGAAAAUGAGUGGACGAGGGAAAACCGGUGGUAAGGCUAAGAGCAAGCCCAAGUCUCGCUCGUCUCGGGCCGGACUGCAGUUCCCGGUGGGCCGUGUUCACAGGCACCUGAGAAAGGGUAAUUAUGCUGAGCGGGUGGGUGCCGGAGCCCCAGUCUACCUGGCUGCUGUACUCGAGUACCUGACGGCUGAAAUCCUCGAGUUGGCCGGCAACGCGGCCCGAGACAACAAGAAGACCCGCAUCAUCCCCAGACACCUGCAGCUGGCCGUCCGCAACGACGAGGAGCUCAACAAGCUGCUGGGAGGGGUGACCAUCGCUCAGGGCGGGGUACUGCCCAAUAUCCAGGCCGUGCUUUUGCCCAAGAAAUCCGGCGGACCCGCCAACCCCAAGGGCAAAUAAACAAGUGAAACGUCAGUUAAAAGACCCAAAGGCUCUUUUCAGAGCCACCCAUA